GUUUGUGGAUCUGCACAGGACACCAUGUCCUCGCCGAGAUCUCCGAAUGUAGAAUCCUGCCUGGCAGACUUGACUCGUCUUCUUGGAACGGAAAAGUACAGCUCAAAAGAGAGAGACUUGGUUUAUGCAUCGAAAGAUGUAUCGUACCACACCCCCCGCCGUCCGUAUGCCGUCUGUUACGCGGACGGGGAGGACGAUGUGGCUAUGGUACUGAAAACUUGUAACAAAUAUGGAGUCCCCGUCAUUCCGAUCGCAGGCAAGACUUCUUUGGAAGGGGCUACCAUUCCCGGACGGUCCGGGGGUGUUGUCUUGGAUGUAUCCCGCAUGGAUACGAUUGUAUCUAUCCAUGAAGAUGAUUUAGAUUGCGUUGUGGAACCGGGAGUGGGCUGGAUGGAGCUAAAGCAUGCCUUGGAACCUUUGGGCCUUUUCUUCCCGCCUGAUCCGGGCGCGGCUGCCUGCGUCGGUGGCAUGUGUGGGACGAACUGCUCCGGAACUUUGGCGUGGAGGUACGGAACAAUGUCUGCAAAUGUUCUUUCGUUGCGGGUCGUUUUGGCGGAUGGUACAGUGAUACGUACUCGACGGCGCGCCACGAAGAGCAGUGCGGGAUAUGAUCUCACUCGUAUAUUUGUUGGAAGUGAGGGGACAUUGGGUGUGAUUACACAGAUAACCCUGCGAUUGAGAAGAGUGCCAAAGGUAAUGGCCGUGGCCAUGAGUCAGUUUGGAGAACUGGAAGCUGCAGCUCAGGCAGUUCAACAAAUUGUGCAAAGCGGAAUUCUUCUUCAUCGGUUAGAAUUGAUGGAUACAUUUGCCAUCAGAUCGGUCAACAUGGGACGGCCCAUAGAUGAACAGUUGCGGGAGGAAACUACUCUCCUUUUCGAGUUUGCCACCUCGUCCCAAACCACACUCAAAGACCAGUCUGGAGAGAUAAAAUCGCUGUGUCAGAAUUUAGGCGCAAGCAGCUUCAAGUUUGCCGAGGACAAAGCUGAGGCUGACCGUUUGUGGAAUAUACGCAAGCAAGCUUAUUUUGCUGCUCGACAUUUACGAACCGACAAAGACAAAGAGUUUCGAAUUCUUACCACAGAUGUAGCCGUUCCAAUCUCUCGCAUCCGCGAAGCCUUGCAUAAUACCCGUAAGGAUUUAGCAGCGGCGAAGUUGCAUGCCACUAUUCUAGCACAUGUCGGUGAUGGCAAUUUUCAUGUGCUACUUGUGAUUGAUCCCGAUGAUCCGGAGGAGGUCCGGGCAGCGGAAGCCUUUCGGGAGCGAAACGCUCGGAUGGCGAUAGAAAUGGAUGGAACUUGCACAGGCGAGCAUGGAAUUGGUACAGGCAAAAUCGGGCUGCUACCGUUAGAGGUUGGUGCACAGGCAGUAGAAGUCAUGAGGAAGAUGAAAAAAUCCUUGGACCCAAAUGGCAUUUUAAACCCAGGUAAAGUGUUUUCUUUGGAGCCACGCGAAAUUCUAUUAGGCAGACUUUGAGGAGUAGUUGUAAGAUUUUGAUUGGAGAUCUGAAGCAAGCCCACAGGUAUCAUAUAGUUGUUUAAUGCUUUUCCAGAAUGAUAGAUAGCAUCUAUAAUGAUUUUUUACUCGAAAGUUGAUCAUGUAUGUGUGCGUGUCUCUGAGCUGUUUGUAUCGUACCGAUAUUUCGGUCGACGUCCAUCCACAUAUCCUGAUUUCGUCUUUCGGGACACCGCGUAUCCAAAAAGCAAGUGUUAAAUAAAGACAAUGCCCUUUGUGG